AUGAGCCCAAGUCAAUAAGAAGUUAAGAACGAAAGGUUCACUAAACACAACGGUUUUGCUAGGGUUUAUGAGCUGAAUAACAGAGGUGAGAAAUUAGAGAGGGAAGAAGGGUUGAGAAGAUGGGAAGAAGAAACGGUGGAAGGUCAUUGCAAGACACCCUUCGUCGUCGAUUGGAUUCUUGCAAGUUAAAGUAUUCUACCGUUGAUGAACUCGUCACCCAUCUUCGCUCAACUUACCCUGAUUACCAGCGAACGAAGCACCAAACUUUAACUCGAUUUGUUCAGGAAGCUCUUCAAUCGAGCAAAAAGCCCAGUGAUACUUCUAAACUGAAGCAUGACGAAGAUGAUGACAAUGAGGAUCGAAGUGCGUCUCGAAAGAGAAGGAAGAAAAUCGAUGAAGACGAAGACAGAUUGCAAAAGAUGGAAGCAUUACACAUCAGAAGUAGGAUGCGGAUCAAUCAGAUUCAUGGCCCUCCAUCGACAUCCUCUGCUUCAGCUUCGGAGAGCGAAGAAGAUGAGGCUGUUUCUGUGUCGACGUCGGAGGAGGAUGCAGUUUACGCGGAGAAGGUGGAACCUGCUUUUGAUUUGAUGAAAACGAUGUUGCGGAAUUCGUAUGCUGGAACGAAGGUUGUGAUGGAGGAAAAGAACGUUGAAUUGGAGGUUCCUAAUAGUAGUAGGGUCGCUACUCUUGUGAAUGGGGGUGGAGGUGAGGCCAAGUCGACGAGGAAGCAAUCGAGGGGGUCUGUUUCCGACGCACGCAGCGGCGGUAGGGGCAGUGAUGUUGAGGUGAAGGGGAAAGAUGGACCGAAGUUUAGUGAUUUAGGUGGAAUGAAGGAGGUUUUGAAGGAAUUGAAGAUGGAAGUGAUUGUGCCAUUGUUUCAUCCACAAUUGCCUAGAGAGUUAGGGGUGAGGCCAAUAACUGGAAUUUUAUUGCAUGGACCACCUGGCUGUGGAAAGACUAAACUGGCUCAUGCUAUAGCUAAUGAGACUGGUCUUCCAUUUUAUCAGAUUUCAGCUACUGAGGUGAUUUCUGGAGUAUCAGGUGCAUCUGAAGAAAAUAUUAGAGAGCUUUUCUCUAAAGCACACAAGACUGCUCCAUCAAUUGUCUUCAUUGAUGAGAUUGAUGCAAUUGGUUCAAAGAGAGAGAAUUUACAGCGGGAGAUGGAGAAACGAAUUGUGACGCAGUUGAUGACUUGCAUGGAUCAAUCAAACAGGCUUCUGCAACCGGCUGAUGGUUCUGAGAGUUCACAUGAUUGUCCUGGGUAUGUUCUUGUAAUUGGAGCUACGAAUAGACCUGAUGCUGUUGACCCUGCCUUGAGAAGGCCUGGUCGGUUUGAUCGUGAGAUUAUGGUUGGUUUUCCUGAUGAAUCUGCAAGGGAGGAGAUCCUUUCUGUGCUUACUCGCAAUCUUAAACUUGAUGGUUCAUUUGAUCUACGAAAAAUAGCCAAGUCUACGCCUGGAUUUGUUGGUGCUGAUUUGGCAGCUCUGGCUAACAAGGCUGGUAAUCUGGCGAUGAAGAGAAUAAUUGACGAAAGGAAACAUAAAUUAUCUCAAGAUCUCACGAGUGAGCAUGAGCAUACUGAAGACUGGUGGAGGGAACCUUGGUUGUCUGAAGAAAUGGAUAAGCUUGCCAUCAAAAUGUCUGAUUUUGAGGAAGCAGUCAAAAUGGUGCAACCUUCAUCAAAACGAGAAGGGUUCUCUUCCAUUCCUAAUGUAAAAUGGGAAGAUGUUGGUGGGCUUGAUCUUUUAAGACAGGAGUUUGAACGCGAAAUUAUAGGGCGUAUAAAACAGCCCAUGAACUAUGAGAGAUUAGGGAUAGAUCAUGAGACUGGAUUUUUGCUCUAUGGACCUCCAGGUUGUGGUAAAACACUGAUUGCAAAAGCCGUUGCAAAUGAGGCUGGAGCUAAUUUCAUUCAUAUUAAGGGACCUGAACUUUUAAAUAAAUAUGUUGGAGAAAGUGAGCUUGCAGUUCGGACAUUGUUUAGUCGUGCAAGGACUUGUGCUCCUUGUAUAGUUUUUUUUGAUGAGGUGGAUGCUUUGACAACCAAGGGUAAAGAAGGUGGAUGGGUUACUGAGCGACUAUUGAAACAGUUGCUUACCGAGUUAGACGGUGCAGAGCCGCGGCAAGGUGUUUUUGUGAUUGGUGCUACAAAUAGGCCCGAGGCGAUAGAUGAUUCUAUCCUCCGACCUGGUAGGUUUGGUAGACGUCUUUAUGUUCCUCUUCCAAGCCCGGAGGAGCGAGUUUUGAUAUUGAAAGCUCUUGCAAGGAAGAAGCCUGUUGAUGCCAGUGUGGAUCUCGGUGCAAUAGGAAGGAUGGAAGCCUGUGAUAAUUUAAGCGGAGCUGAUCUUGCCGCAUUGAUGCACCAAGCAGCAAUGGCCGCCCUUGAAGAGAUAUUGAUCUCAACUAAGACAAUUAGUGAUGGAGAUACUAUCAAGACAAGUCAUUUUGAGGUAGCACUGAGUAAAGUCUCUCCCUCUGUGUCAGACAUGCAAAAUAAGUACUACCAGCAAUUGUCAAUGAGGAAGGAGUGGAAGCGGUAAUUGUCAAUGACCUUUUUAUAGUAGGUGAUCGCAUUGCUUCCAGGAUAUGGUGGAAGAAACCAUUUCUAUUAUGGUGAAGUAUGGAGUGUAUUUGCUUCUGUAUGAGAUGGACAUGAUUCCUGCUAUCAGGAUAUAAUUUUUGGUGAAUGGUUGUAAUUUAUGGUUCUUUUUAUCAUUUCAUAUUGGUUAGAAUUUGUUGUAGUCAAUGUUACUUGAAUAUCAAUAAGAGUG